AUGGUCUUGAGUCACCAAGCUGGCUGCAUGCUCCACUGCUUCUGCCACCAAUCUCGGGCAACCGUCCAGCCCUCCCAUAGCAUCGGACGCUGGCUGUCUCGGUUCGAUGGUUCGGGGGCGGGUCGAGGCUGGGGCCACUCGGCGCUCGGGUGGCUCGCGGCCAUCCUUGAUCUCUGCCGAUCCGACACCUCACCACCGAGCACGCGCUGUACGAUCAAUGGUCUCACUGGGCACGACAUACGCAUGCUGAUACCAGCAAGCUGUCUGCACUCGCCAACCACCUAUGCUCCCCAAUCGAGCAAGCCUGUAUCCUUCUCUUUUUCGCAUCUCAGCCAACCCUGCUCGCCUCAAAAUCUGCUGGGCCCAACCGCGUGGUAUUCGCUGCAUCAGGCGCUAGAUCAACUCUCCAUUACCCUACCCAAAGUCUGGGUUCCACCCGAGCCGGAGGCUCAGAUAAACCCCGAAGGGCUUCUGAAUAAUCUAGAACAACAGCUGGCCACGCUGGCCACAGCUUAUCCUGCACGGCAGCCCCAGAUACCUGCUGCUUCGGCCCCGGACGUGCGUGCUGAGCAUGGCGCCUCCAAAGCCUCGCGCGAGCCCGCCAUCAAAGCCCUCUCGCCUGUGUCGGCACCGCCAGAGGCCAAACGCCGCAAAAUCUCGCCUGAUGUGACCGCCAUUGAGUCCAGCAUUGCUCAGACUGACGUCGCCGUGUCCAGCCCUCCACACCCAGCGCCCUCACCCGAGCGCAACCAAGCAAACCUAGCCUGGCUAACAGAGCAGCGGGGUCCUGACUGGGCCCCCACCAAGCACGACUGGCGUCGUGCAGCCGAAGUGCCCCAGGCGCAUCUCCUCGCGCGACUCACCCUGCCGGCCCCCAGCAUUGAUCAAGCCAAUCGCCUCUUUGUGUCCUGGCGACAGGCGGGCACAUUCGCACACUUUGUUGCCAUGGUUGAGUGGCUCGGGCAACACUCGGCUCUGCCGACUUGGUGUCCGUCCCCACUACCACCCACCUUGCCUCUUACGCACACGCUCGUCUUGUCUCACUGGCAUGAGUCCGCGCUCCCCGCAAGUCUGCCGGUGCUCUCUCUGACGCUGCUGCGCAAGCUGUUUUCCAGCUAUGAGGGAGCUGCCGACGACGGUCUGAUUGCCACCCGUGAUUGCAUGUGGCACCGUCUCGCAGCGCUAGUGGCCUUGCACAACAUCAUGUUGGGAAACCCUAGCGCUCAACAAGAUCUCUUUGCAGACGCCGAACACUUGUUUCUCGAGGUGUUCAUGCUGCGGCAGGCUAGUGAGACGGUGGCAUGCGCCUCGAGCAUGGUUGAUCCACUUGUACACAAAGCCUCCCGGGUUAUGAUCGCGGUCAAGUCAUGGCCGGGGCUGAACGUCGACGCCUUUGAUGCCUGCGCAACUGCCCUCUUGCACUCGGCAAUGUCCAAAAAGGAUGGCAAGCUUUAUGAGCAUGCCAUCUUGUUACGGUUGGCUUUGGGCUUUGUCGCACCGACGCGAAAUUCAACCAUUGUCUUUCAGGCAUCAAAGGAGAAACGUGCGAUUGCCGAUGGUCAGUGUGUUACAGCAGCAAACUUUCUGCGCGAGCGAUUGGAAAAGGUUGCUUGCAGCCCUGAAUCUGAAGCGGGGAGUGCGACCCGAAAGCUGUUGGUCAAGCUGUUCAAGUCUGUGGCUCUGUUGGUGGGCACUGGAACCGGGCUCGAGUGCGUGGUUCAAGCCCAGCUACUACAGACCCUCUCGCGCUGUUGUCGUCAGCCUGCGCUCCGUGCAAACGCUUCAUUGGCCAUGACAACCAUCUGUGAGGCCAUGGAAUCCGAACCGCGUUUGCAGCAGGCGGUGCUGUGCGAUGAAGCAUGUGGCGACAUGCUCGUUAAUUUGCUUGACAGUGUCUUUGAGCUGCGCCACGAAGACGCCCGAGACUAUUUUGAGAACGGGGUUCAAGUGUUGGCAGCAGUCCUACGCUGGGAAAUGAAGCACGUGGCUACAGGCCGAGCGGGUGCGCCACAGCAGAAUGCCAUUUUUUCUUUCCCCAUCACGGCUCGAGCUUAUGAAUGA